AUGCCUCACCGUUUGCUUGGCAACUCGGGGCUCAUGGUCUCCAACCUUGCGCUUGGAAGUUGGAUGUGGGCCGAUGACAAGUACACGCCCGAGCGCUGGUACGAGAUGAUGAAGGUUGCGUUUAAGCACGGGGCGGAUCGCAACAUGGGGGCGGCGAUAAAAAUGGGUAUCGCAGAUGGCAUUUGGAGUCGCGAGGAUCUCGUGGUUACCGCGAAGGUGUUCGGUGGCUCGAAGGGCUGGUUCGCAGGCGGUCCGAACGACCAAGGCGCGAGUCGUAAGCACGUCAUUGAGGGCACCAAGGCAUCGCUGGCGCGGCUGCAGCUCGAUUACGUCGACGUCAUCUUCUGCCACCGAUCCGAGACCUACACCCCCAUCGAGGAACCUGUUCGCGCCAUGAACUUCGUGAUCGAGCAAGGGUGGGCGUUCUACUGGGGUACAAGCCAGUGGUCUACGGCUGACAUCAUUGAGGCGUGCGAGGUUGAUCGUUUGGGCCUUAUUCGUCCCGUUGUAGAGCAGCCGGAGUACAAUUUGCUGGAGCGCAGUAAGGUGGAGCUCGAGUUCGCACCCCUUAUCGAGAAGUACGGACUGGGUCUCUCAACGUGGUCACCUCUCUCCUUUGGCACGCUUACGGGUAAGUACAGUGCCGGCACUCCAGACGGCUCCAGAUUGGACAUGUCGGGUCUGAAGGGGGCCAUUCCGGACUUUGAAGAGCGUGUGAUCAAAGCUGACCGUCUGAAGCCCGUGGCCGAGGAACUGGGCUGCUCCAUGGCUCAACUCGCUAUCGCCUGGUGCGUCUCCAACGACAAGGUAGCAGAACCUGAAGGCGUUGGACGUUGUCAGCAAGAUUUCACCUAA